UUCUAUUGCCGUUCUUUUCUUCAAAAACAACCCCGUAAAUCACACCCUAUGCACCAAGUCAGUGUUUGAAUAGUAUUGGUAAGAUUGCUGCCAAGACCGCGGGACCAAGGUCCUCCCCCAUGCGUGUUAAUUAUCACUCAACCGCCGCCAUCCCACACCAGACACGACCUGUCAACCAAACUCUCUACCUUCUCUAUUUCAUCUCCAUUUGCAGUUUUUGUCAUUCGUUAACCUUUUCCGUUUGGAUACCGCGUUGCCUUAGCGUCCUGUUACCGACUUAUACCACGGUCGCUUUCAUCUUCUAACCGCACAAAGGUGCAUUAGGAGGGGCAGUAGUCUCGCUUUACCCCUCAAAUACUUGACUUGAGAGCGCUAAAACAUCUGAGUCUGGCCAAAAUAACCAGACAGGAUUGCUCUCUCGUUCCCGCUAGGCAACACGCCAUGUAUCGACAACUGUUAUCUAAGGGCUCAAACAGCCCUCCAAAUAGGUACCCCUCACCCCAAAACCGCACAGUUCGCCCAUACACCGAUGUCGUAGCUGGCUAUCAGAACCAGGCGUCAGGAUCCAAUCUUCAGCGUGGCUACGGGUGGACUCCAUCCCCUCAACAGCAAUCAGGUCAACGAGUACAUGAUACUCAAUCACAGAGAACAGGUCACUUGUCUGCUACAAGGCGCCUCACUUACGCUGAGGUUGCCCGGAAACAAACGCCUGUCGCCAGCCAAUACAACUCAGCUCGUCCAUUGGGAGCAAGCUCCACUCUUGCUGAGAAUUUACAGACUUGGAGCCCCCCUCGCCGCGGUCCCGGCACGGUAAACAGAAGGGAUUACGCGAAAGACCCGACAGAAGAUAUCAUGUCAGAUCCAGAUCUGUUGUCUGAUGAAAGGUUGCUCUUAAUGUUCACUAACGAGGGCAACUCAGAAGGUGCACGGGAGCCACCCCCUUACAACAGCAUGGCUUCCGGAAUGUCUAUGUUGCCAACGCUUUCGAGGCCAGUCCUUGAAAAACUGACAAAAGAUGAUGGCCCUUGGUCAACUUUUCAACUUCAAGCAAUGCCGCAAACGGGCCCGGGUGCAUUUCAAGCCAACCGUACAGGUGAAGCCACUUACUUGGCUGCUCCUGGCAUACAUAACCUGUUGGACUCACAAGGACCCAGUCAAUACAUCAACUACGCAAGUCAGCAUGAUCAGCCCACUGAAUCCCGCAGCGGGUACGGACAAGCUAGAGGUAGACCUACCCAAAACAUGGAUCAUCAGAGAGCUCCCAGGCAGGUUCAUUCCAACCAGCAUGCUUCAGGUGGUGCAAAUUUCCGCCAGACCAAUACUGAUCUUCUUGCCUGGUCGGGCGAUGGCCGCUCCCACCCUUCCGCUUCGACGACCUCGAUACAUCCUGAAUAUCGACAUUGCCCCUACUGCGACGCGCAGUUCAAAGGAAAUAAAGACGGAAAAGGGAAUCUCGCGAGACAUAUCCGCCAUAAGCACACAGAUCGUCCUCAGAUUUGUUGUGAAUACUGUGGUCAACUGUUCAAGCGGACUGAUGCCCGUCUCAAACACCACCGGAAAAAACACCAAAGCUUUCCCCCUCCGAAGUCAAACUCUCAAAAGUCUCGACAGAGUAGCACGCAAUUCCAAGCUGGCACACAAUAUGAAGUAUACAGUACUGGAAGUGGCAGCUUUAAUGACUUUGAGACAUCCCAAGACUACAAUGCGAACAUGGAACAACCAUACCAACAUGCCGAUGACCUCCGUGGACUUGCGGAUCCGUACUAAGUCCAAGUCACUGCCGUACGACGGCGUUGUUACGGAUGCUUUGCUGCACCUACUAUCAUCCACCACCACCACACCACCACACCACGAAACACAAGAUGGCGCCUUGACCCAUCCAUCAUCUUACGGCUGUCUCACUCCUCUAUCGACAAAAUGGCAUACUGCCUUAGCCAUCGAGUCUCUUUUUUCUUCUUCUCCUGUAUUUGACUGUGCUUUAGUGGUUAAGACCCAAGACCAACAAAGACCAAAAACACUAGAAAAGACACCAACGAACCAUCAUAAAAAAACGUAAGACAUUCCACUCCUACACCUCA